CCGCUGGCGAGCGCUCCGUUCACGGCGUUGGCGUGGUUCGUGCUGCACGACCUCUCCUUCUAUUGCUACCACCGCACGCUGCACGAGGUGCCGUGGCUGUACGCGAGUGUCCACAAGCCGCACCACAAGUUCACGGCGCCCUUCGCGUGGACGUCCCACGCGGUGCACCCGGCGGAAAUGGCGCUGCAGGCCGCGGGCGCGAUGGCGGGGCCUCUGCUCUGGGUGCGGCUGUACGGCCUGCCGGUGCGCGCCUGGUGGUGCUGGCUCGCCCUCGUGCAGGCGCAGGGUGUGAUGGACCACUCCGGGUAUGACCUGCCCGCGCCGCUCGACUGCUUUGGGAUGCUGCCUGGGUUUGGAGGCACGCGCUUCCACGACGACCACCACCGGUACUUUACCGGAAACUACGCAGCCGCCCUCUCCCUCAUCGACGACCUGAUGGGCACC